AAUGGAUAACAGUGGUCUAUUGACAGUGGUCUAUAACCAAUAUCUUGAAAUUUAGUUCUGGAGAAGGCAAUUUGCCUAAUGAUUACCUUCUCUUCUUGUGCUUCUUCUUCUCCUCUGAGAUAAUAUAUAAUUGGUGUCUCCUUUAAUUAACACCCAUCUCAGGAGAGAUGGGGAAGGUAGGCACAAGGUUGCCAAGUUUCUGCCUGAACAGGAUUAGGCCUCAUGUUAGAGUCCGAUCACCGCCUAUACAAUCCAAGCUUAAUGUGAAUAUUUGUACUGCUGCUUCUACUAAAAAUGAUCAGAAGACUACUAGUGAGAAUCUAGCAGGAAAUACUCCCGGGGAAGAGAAGUCCAGCGAGGGAGUAAAGCCCUUAAUUGGCAGGAAAAUCAUGAUAGUGGUUGAUUCAAGCUUGGAAGCCAAGGGAGCUCUGCAAUGGGCACUCUCUCACACUGUUCAAAGCCAGGAUCUUGUCAUUCUUCUUCAUGUAGCCAAGCCUUCCAACAAACAAGCAGCUACAAGCGAGCAGCCAAGCAAGGAAAGAGCUCCAAGGGCUUAUGAACUUGUAAACUCCUUGAAGGAUAUGUGCCAAUUGAAGAGACCUGAGAUACAAAUUGAGAUUGCUGUAGUGGAGGGAAAGGAGAAAGGUCCAUUAAUAGUGGAAGAGGCGAAAAGGCAAGGGGUGGCACUUCUGGUUCUAGGGCAGAAGAAGAGAUCAAUGACAUGGAGACUCAUCAUGAUGUGGGCAAGCAAUAGAGUCACAGGUGGUGUGGUGGAAUACUGCAUCCAGAACGCUGACUGCAUGGCCAUUGCAGUAAGGAGGAAAAGCAAAAAACAUGGAGGUUAUUUGAUCACCACGAAGCGUCAUAAAGAUUUCUGGCUCUUAGCUUAAACACCAAUUAAUUGAUUAAUUAAUUUGAUGUCUUAAUUAUUCCCUCUUUUUUAUUCUCUUUUCUUAAUUAAUUUUCCUGGUUUUGAGGAUCUGUGAUUGCUUCUUUUUUUUUAUUCUUUAAAUUUGUAACAUUGCUUUGUAAAUGAUAAAGUGUAGUGAGAAAUGAAAAGGGCAUUGGGUUGUGAGUGAAAAA